AUGGUUAGCCUUGAAUCCCGCCGUUCUAUGCUUUCUACGUGUUUAACGUUUGACGUUGUAACUGACGUUAUAAAUGUCGAAUUCAUUAAAAGAAAAAUAAUUAUCAAUAAUGAUGUCAGGCCUACUAGACACACUAAAUUUCUAAAAGAACAGACACAUAGAACUGAAUAUGAUAAAAAUGAGCCCAUUAAUAGGUGUUGUACUAUGCCCAAUCCAUCUCCAAUAGCAGAAUGCAAAUUAAAACCAGCGCCUUAUAUUUUUAUUCAAGGAUGGCAACUGUUAUCAUUAGCGAUUUCUCUAUUCGCUCCGAAGAAUAGCCGUUUACUUUGGUAUUUAAAAAUUCAUCUAUCGCGAAAUGCAGACUCAAAAACAGAUGCCGGCAAAUACGCAGCUUAUUGUGAACGUGCCUUAGAACGAACUUUACAAAAUGGUGGCCGUGAAACUAAACCAUCUCGAAUGGAAGUGCUAUCAAUUUUAUUGAAAAACCCAUAUCACCAUUCUUUACCACACGCUAUCCCAGUUCAUAUGAUGAAUGGCGGGUAUCAAGUCGUUUCUUUUGAUGGAUCUUCAACCAUUGAAGAAUUUCAUUUAGCUCUUACCCAACAAAUUGGUUGUCGCGAUUCAUCAAAUGGGUUUUGCUUAUUUAGCGACGAUCCUAUUGAAAAAGAUUUAGAACAUUAUUUGGAUCCGCAAACAAAGCUAUGUGACGUGAUUUCCAAAUGGGAAACAGCUCUGCGAGAAAAAGGUUCGGGUAAAUUUGAAAACUCUCGUGUGAUACAAUUGACUUUUAAAAAUCGAUUAUAUUGGAAAUAUACAACAAAAUUUGAAACAGAUAAAGAGAAACUACUUCUUUGUUAUCAAACUAAUCAGCAAGUCGUUCAAGGUCGAUUUCCGCUUUCGCGUGAAUUAGCUUUAGAACUAGCGUCUUUAAUGUCGCAAAUAGAUAUGGGAGACUAUUCUGUUGAAAAAUCUAAAGGCCCUGCAAAUAAUACAAAUACAUCGUUACACGCCUUAGAUAAAUUUUUUCCCUACCGCUACCGAGAUGCUAUGAGCUCCAAGCAAUUAAAGGAAAUUCAGGAACUUUUGAUAUCCAAAUGGAUUCUUCUGAAAGGUCGCUCCACAAUAGAUUGCGUUAGAAUUUAUUUGACGUGCUGCCGCAAAUGGCCGUUUUUUAGAGCUUCACUAUUUCAAGCAAAGCCUCGAUAUUCUCAUCAAGCUAUGGUGUGGAUUGCAGUAGCAGAGGAUGCACUUCAUAUUUUAGACCUAAGUUCAAUGGCCCCUUUAGUGCGAUAUCCGUACACAUCUGUAAUUACAUUUGGAGGAUGUCAAGAAGAUUUUAUGUUAGUCGUAGGAUCUGAAGAGAACAAUGCACCUAUGACAAAUGAACAAAAAUUGCUUUUUGUAAUGAGCAAGCCGAAGGUUUUGGAAAUUACCUUAUUAAUUGCUGAUUAUAUGAACGCUUUGUGCCCUACAUUACCAGGUACACCGCAAAUGAAUACUUUAACUAGAAAUGGUUCGAAUAGGAGCUCACGCCCUCGUGCUCUUCACGGUUAUACAGGAGUUUCUUCAAAUGUUACAACAACAGCACAAAACACUUUAAAUUCACAUGCAACACAUACGUUAACCUCACAAAACUGUCAUACCUUGAAUUCAUCUUUUUAUAGUGGAGCUUCUAAUACAGUAGGCCAUCAGAACCAGAUAAGCUUGGCGAAUGGUGGUCAACCUGAUAUUUUGAAAAGCACACCUGAUCAUAAAAUUUUGCACUAAGCCAAAAAAACCGUACAAGUCUCGAAAGAAAUUGUGUAUGUAUGUGUAUAUGUGAAUGCAAAAACGUAGAUUUGAUUUGAGUUUUGAUAAUUCAUUAAAAUAAAAAACAAACUAUUAGUUUUAUUACGUGUCAAACUGUAUGGAAAA